AUGCGCUUGGUAUACCUUGUCGCCGCCAGCGUCGUGCACAGCUUCAAGAAGCUUACCGACCCUGUUGUCCUGAAGGACAAUCAUCCGCUCGUGCGAGAGCUUUACCGAAAAACCUCGAUGCCACAAUAUUCGCCGGCGAGAAUUGUCUGGCCCAAGCCAAAAGGGCUUCAGAAGCGGUCAAGGUCAGGCGUUCCCAAGCGGCAUUCCAGUCAAGCCGCAGAAGGUGUUGGACCUUCGAAUUCGGAGUCCACCCACAGCGUAGACCCCACUCGCGAUCCCCGCCUUUUGGCUCGACGCGUGGCGGUGGAAGAGGAGGCGGUACUUGGUGGUGAAAUCGCUUCCAUCGCCGACCAACCAGUCACACAUGAGUCUGGCGAUGGCACUGCAGAAGCGAGCACCUCUGUUCAGGAGUUCGCGCAUGAGUCUGAGCAGAUCCGCUUCUUACAAGCCGAGAAUAGGCGCCUAGCUGAAGCUCUCGAGCAAGCUCGCAUUGAGCUUAUUGCGAAAGAUGCUCGCAUUGCGGAGUUGAUUGGUGGCGCCGGUUCCACGGGCGCGAAGCGGCCCAGGACAUGA